AUGUGGAGGAAAGCAAAGCUGAUGCAAAGUUUAGGGCUACAAGAAGAAAAGAGAAUACGCAUGCUAUCCAUGCAUAAAAUUGUGAAUACUACAGCUGGGAGGAAUACUUCUUUAGAACAAAUUUCUGAAUCCGCUUCUCUUCAGGACUCUAAUGUCCGUGUUGGUAUUGAACAAGGAAGUUCACCAGGAGUGAACUCUGGCGUUGUUUCGGUAGUUGCUGGUUAUAAGAAGGAAGUUAUUCAUAAUGCUGUUGAUUCGUCUAAAGCUGAUUUUUUGGGUUCUAAAUUCACUUGGUCUAAUAGGCAAUCUGGUGUUCAUAUAAUCCUUUGUAAGCUGGAUAGAGCUUUGAUUAAUGAGGCAUGGCUUAUUAAGUAUGAGAAUUGGAGGUGUAAAGCUCUUCCCCGUGAAGUUUCCGAACAUUCUACUCUUAUUGGCUUUCCUUUUGUUAAUACUAGACCGAAACGAGCUCCUUUUAGAGUUCAAAAGAUGUGGUUUGCUCAUUCUGAUUUCAUGAGAAUGGUAAGUGAUUGUUGGAAUGCACCGGUUACAGGAUCUCCUGCUUUUAUUUUUCCUUUCAAGCUCAAGAGGUUAAAAGCUGUUAUGAAGGAUUGGAAUUUACAUGUUUUUGGCAAUAUUUUUGCUAAGCUAAAACAAUCUGAAUUGACUAUGGAAGUGGCUCUUCGUAUUUCGGAUGAGGAUCCAGAGGAUAUAACUAAGCUGAAUUCGGCCAAGGAGGCUUCAGUUAUUCUUCAGGAAAUUCGUUCUCAUCAUGUUACUAUGCUAAAGCAAAAAUCACGUAAUAAAUGGCUUUUGGAGGGAGCUAGUAAUACUUCUUUCUUUCAUGCUAAUAUCAGAAUGCGCAGGAGUAGUAAUAUGAUUUCGGAGUUGGUGGAUGAUAAUGGGGUUGUUAUUACUGAUUGUGAUCAAAUUAGAGACUAUACGGUUUCUUUUUUUGAGUCAAAGUUUAAUGGUGAUGAGUUGCCUAUUGAUGAGGAGCUUUUUAAUUAUGAUCAUAACAUCAUCUCGGUGGAGGAUAGUCAGAGAAUGGAUGAAAUUCCUUCUAUGGAGGAGAUUAAGAAUGCUGUUUUUGAUUUGGGUGGGGAUAGUGCGCCAGGGCCGGAUGGUUUCUCUGGUUGUUUUUAUAGGCAUUGUUGGGACGUGGUGCAAUAUGACCUUGUCAGAGCUAUCACGUACUGUUGGCAGCGGCAAAUCAUUCCUCAUGGUGCUAAUUUUAGUCUUAUUAUUCUUCUUUCCAAGGUUAGAGGAGCCAACACUCUUCGAAACUUUCGGCCUGUUGGUCUUAAGGUUUUUCGAAGGUAUGGUUUCUCUCAAAGUUGGUGUUCUUGGAUUUUGGCUAUUCUUAACUCAGCAAGGAUUUCUAUUCUUCUUAAUGGAAGUCCAGAGGGUUUCUUCAAAAUCAAUAGAGGUCUUCGGCAAGGCAAUAUGAAGAGUCUGCAUAACCUUCUUGCUUUACUUGGUAAAUACCAAAGUGCCUCGGGCCAAACUAUCUGUCGUCAAAAGAGUAAGAUUUAUUAUGGUGGUGGUUCUUUGAGUCGCUGUGGGACUAUCACUAAUUUACUGGGGAUGGAAGUUACUACUUUUCCGGACAGGUAUUUGGGAGUUCAAAUUAUGCAUGGAGCAGUUAAGUAUCGUCACAUUUGUAAUGUGAUAGAGAAAAUUAAGAAUCAACUUUCGGUUUGGAAAGGUAAAUUACUUUCUUUUCAAGAUAAAGUUGUUCUUAUCAAUUUAGUGAUAGCGAAUUAUGCUAUUCACAACAUGGCGGUGUACAAAUGGCCUAGAAAAUUUGUUCAACAGGCUGAAAGAGUUAUUCGUAAUUUUCUUUGGUCGGGUGAUGCUGAAGUUGCAAGGAAAUUUGUUGUUGGAUAUCCAAAGGUUUGUUGUCCAUUGAAGGAAGGGGGUCUUGGUAUAACCAGCAUGGUUGUUACUAAUAAGGCUCUUCUAAUGAAGCUCUAUGGUGGAGUAUUCGUUCUUCUAACAAGAAAUGGGCUCGUUUCUUAUGGGCGAAAUUUACUACUAAGCAGGGUAGUAUAA